GUGUUUGUGUAGCGCGAGAUUGGGUUUUUGUUGUUCUAAUCGGCUGAAUGUGGUUUCGUAGUUCCAGUUUGACAAGGCGUAGGGAAAGCGCCCCCCCAGUUUGUUUAGUGCAAGAUCUGCGCUGCACACACCGCUGAGGAAAUGCGGACUUCUGGCCCUUUCGCUACGGGUUACAUUGCUACAGUACCCACACCGUAGCAAGCUGAUCCAGUGAGGUACUAGGUUUGACCAGAGACGGCCUAAGAGGAACAAGAGAAGACCCAGAGGUUUCUACUCACCAGAGCCACAGUGUCAGAACGGUCCAGCAGUAUGCCAAGCCAAACCCUCAUCUAGCUCCCAGUCCACAGUGAAGACCUAUCACAAUGGCUCAGACUUACUCUGUGAUGAGAGCGAAUCUAUGUUUACCUACAUCCUCUAUGCUGCUCUGGGGCACUUUUUAAUUAUGUCUUAUUUGGUCCUCUUGAAUGACUUUUGGCCUGCUCAUAAAAAAGGUACUCCGUUAGAUGUUCCCUCGUCCCAGGCAUCUCUGCGGCACUGUGGCUAGCCCCAUGAGGCUGUGUGGCGCACUGCUCCCUGAGGCAAUCCCUGUGUGUCUGUAAGGCCUCCUCCCCACUCUAUGGAGGCGGAGCCCAGCCACCCUGCUGAUGGGGAGCGAUCCGGAAGGCAACAGCAGCCUCUUUCUCCUGGGGCCGCUGAGCCCCCCACAGGGUCCCGUCCAACUCAGCCACAGCAACUGCCAUCCAACCCCCGCCCCGUCCACGGUGGCCUGGGAUGUCUCCACCACCGCAAGCCUAAACGUAGCGACCUGCUUCUCAGGCUUCAGCAUCAGCACAAGACCCAAGCAGCAUGUCACCUCUCAACAGACACCCCAGGUCCUUCAGGAGGCAGCUUCUCCUCCCCCUCCACCUUAUCCCUACAAUCCUCCUCUAACCAAGGCCACAACACUCAGGGGGUGCAGUCCCAGCCCAAACAGGAAGUCCUAGAGGGCAGCCCAUCUAAAAGAGGCGAGAGGAAGCUCCAGAAACCGGGGAAGUACGUGUGCACUUACUGCGGCCGUCCAUGUGCCAAACCCAGCGUUCUCCAGAAACACAUCCGCUCUCACACAGGGGAGAGGCCUUAUCCUUGCGUCCCCUGUGGCUUCUCCUUCAAGACCAAGAGUAACCUGUACAAGCACCGCAAGUCCCACGCCCACCGCAUCAAGGCAGGCCUGGCAUCCAGCCGGGACGAGCUGAGCCUGAGCGGACCCGAGAUGAACGCCCUGGGAGAGGAUUCCGAGGAGCCCACGGAGGGGGAGAGCACAGACUCUGAGGAGGAGAUGGGUCAGUACAGGAAGGAGUGGCUGAGCAAGCAGAAGAGCAGCAGCAGUUUGGCGCUGUCAGGGCAAGAGGAGGGCCAAAGGUCUGACGACUCCCAGGCCGUGAAGCAGAGACUGGCCAUGAGGCUGAGCGAGAGGAAGCGUGGCCCCAUGGCCUCCCCGGACGACCCUCCCUCCACCUCCUCCUCACUGGGCCCCAGCAGUAAAGGCAGCCAAGAGUCAGGCUACUUCUCCCUUUCGAGGAGCUCUGAGAUGAGCCGAGCUGACUCCCAGGUGAGCCCCCCCAAUGCCAAAACCUAUGCCGAGAUCAUCCUGGGCAAGUAUGGGCGGCUUGGAGGGCAGCAGCGCGGUCCCCAUCAGCAGCGCGCCCACUCUUCUUCAUCAGGGAUGGAGGAGAAGAGCAGCAUGCCCUUCAGCAUGCCCAAGACGCAGGUCAUCGAGCACAUCACCAAACUCAUCACCAUCAACAAGGCGGUUGUGGACACCAGCGAGAUCGACAGCGUCAAGCCCAGGCGCUCCUCGCUCUCCAGGAAGAGUAGUCUGGAGUCACCCAAGUUCUUCUCCCCCAAAGACCCCUAUGUGUUUGAGCCUAAGGGAGAAAGCCCAGGUCCCAGUAUGGCAGGCCAAUCAUUCCAUCCCCAUAUCCAAGACGUGGGCCCAUCGGGGGUCCAGAAGUCCUCCUCAUUGCCUCUGCUGAGAAGCCACUCCAUGCCCACCUCAGCAGGCCAGGGAAACCACUCCACCACCUCUCCCUGGGGGUUCUCUCAUCUGAGCCACUCCUUUGAUGAGCAGCAGGCCGUGGUGGCCAAGAUGAGGGUGGGCGGGCAGUACCGUUUGCUGAGGCGCCAGCCCGCCAUCGAGUUGCCCCUCGGGGCUGAGCUAAGCCUGGAGGAGGCUGGCCCCUCCUCCUCCGCAGCUACAGAAAUUGGCCUAACCAGGAAGCAGCAACGCAAAGGUCCAAGGCUGUAUGAGUGCGAGACCUGCGGAGUCCGCUGUAAACAAAGGGAGAGUUAUGAGGCCCACAGGGGUCUCUGCACAGGCAAGCCAAUAAAGGAGCUGGAGAGAGGAGAGGUGGAUGGGGCGUUCCGGGAUGACCGCCCCCAGAUGAUGCACUAUAAAUUCCGGGCACUGGCCAUGGCAGUGAGGAAGAGGAGGAAAGAGGAGAGUCUGGAGGAGGAUCCUCCCAGACCCAGGCCUACAGCUGUUGUGACCUGCAGCCCCGCAACCACCACUGCAGUGCCAAACCGGGUGCAGCAGAUUGAGGCCUUCUCAGGUGCUCCCUCACAGGCUGAGCAGCAGCAGCAAGACAGGAAGGGCAUCUCGGUCAUCCAGCACACCAGCUCCUUUGAGAAGCAGGAAAGUAUAUCCAUGGAGAGCCUGGAGUCUAUAGAGCUUAGAGAGAUCCAGUUAACACCGCAAAAACCGCCGCAGCCAAAAUCAUCGCCCUCCAUGUCCCGCCUGGUCCGCCAGCACAACAUCCAAGUGCCAGAGAUCCUAGUGACGGUGGAGCCUGAUGCUGACAUGGUGUCAGUGUCGCCCAUGGCGACGGCAUCCUCGUCCAAGGAGCCAGAGAGAGUGGUAGAGGAGUUCCAGUGGCCUCAGCGCAGCCAGAGUAUGGCUCAGCUCCCCGCCGAGAAGCUGCCACCAAAGAAGAAGCGUCUCCGUCUAGCCGAGGCUGCUGACCAGUCUUCCGGGGAGUCCAGCUUUGAGUCGGUAUCGCUGGGGACCCAGAGCCCCAGCCAGGAGAGCAGCAUUUCCCAUUCACCCAGCCGCUCUGCCUUCUUUGAAGACAUGGGGGGAAAACCUGCUGAGCCUUUCCCCUGGGGCUCCAGCAGCACCCAGGGCUCCCACAUGCUAACAGUGCCCUCUGGCCCCCACCAACAAUACCAACCCCAAAGAGAGAUGCGGCGCUCAGCCUCGGAUCAGGCCCCGGUCAGCCCCCAGCACACGGAUGAGAUCGUGGAGACCAGGAGCAAAUCAUUUGACUACGGUUCCCUAUCCCCGCAGCAGUCUGCUUCAGCCUGGAGGGAGAGGAGGAAGUGCCUACUGGUAAAGCACACCACCCUCGGUGAGCCAGACCACGAGGAAGGGGCCGUGGCCAGCCACUCAGGCCGACCAGGGAGCACCAAGCCGGACCCGUCCUACACCAGACACCCUUCCUUCCACCCAGCUGAAGCCAGCACCUCUAUGCUCAGCCCGGAGGCCAUACGGAAGACCGUACAGCUGUUCCACCAGCCCCAUUCCCCAUUCCCCAUGCGACCAACUGGGCAUGAUCGAUUCCCUCUUGGCCAGUUAGCCCAGCUCCAUCCGGUCACCACUGCCAUCUCAGAUGUCCUCUCCACCCACAUCAUCCACAGAGCCCUCUUACACACACACCCUUCCCCUCCAACCAUACAAGUUCACCCAGGGCAGCUUCACAUGGCAGAACGCCUAGGCCUGCCCCUCCAUCCUAUUUCAGCUCUGCUCUCCCUGCAGUACCCCACUGGGGCUGGCCAGGCUGUAUACCUCCCUGUUUCUCCUGGGCUCACCAUCCAAGUCCCCACACAGCUCCCCAUGCCCUCCACCGUGGUUCUCCCUGCCCCAGCUCCUCAGUCUUUAGUCUCUCUGCCCUGCCACCAUCCCCCGCUUGUCAUCGCAACAUGCCUGGCACAGCUGACGCCAGUUGUGUCACUGAUGGUGCCAGUGCGCCUCCAGACCAACAUGAUCACCUACGCCAGUGCCCUGUACACCACCCUCUCCCAGAUCCUGGCGUCAGCCCGCUCCCAGGAGCCCAUCUGCUGCAUGGCCAUGGUUAUCAUGGGCCAGCUGGAGCAGGAAAAGCUGCAGAGGUCCUACCUGAAGAUCCCCACCCCGGACUUCAAGAGCUACCUGCCCCUGUCUCUACCCCUGGAGCUGGGCUCUGUGUCCGGAGAGGGCUAUGAGCCACUGGGGGCUGGAGGGAGCAAACGCAUGCUCUCUCCUGCAGCCAGUCUGGAGCUCAGCACAGAGGCCCAGCACCAGCAGAAACGAGUGAAGGAGGAAGAGGAGGAGGGAGAGAAGGUGGGAGAGGAAGAGGAAAAUAGGGGUUCUGGGAGAAAACUGGAAGUCGGGGAAGACAAAAAGAAAGAGCCGGAAAGGGCCCAGAUAGGAGUAGUAACUGUGAAAGUCGAGGAGGAAGAGAAUGUACGGGACACAGAAGGGCACAGGGAAGAGAGGGAGAUGCAAGGGAAGGCUGGACCUAAGAAAGAAAAGGGGAAUGAGGGCCAGGGAGUGAGUGCGUCCUUUGUACCCCAGAGCCCUGAGCGAGUCAAAGCCCCCUUGUAUCCCAGCCUCCACACCACCACCUCAGUCAGCUGGUGCUACUUGAACUACGCGAAGCCCAACCCUUCUGCCCAGAGGGAGCCACAGACCUCCGUUUACACCUCCUGGAGCAUCAGCGUGCACAACCCCAACCUGCCAGGCCUGUCCACCAAGCUGGCCCUGUCCCUGCUGCGCUCUAAGCAGAAACACAGCUCAGAGACCUACACCAUGGCCACAGCUCUAACCCCGGCGACAGGCAAGGUGGUCCCUGCCAGCAGUAGAAAGCCCCACAUUUCAGAGGUACAUGCUACCCCACCCAGCACCCCUGUCGAAGUGAAGGAGCCACCACAGCAGCCUGAGAAGGAGGAGAAGAAGGAGAAGAGAGAGGUGCAAGGGCCCUCCACCUCCAAACAGAGCGAACCUCUCCGUGUCCAAAUCUUCGAGGGCGGAUACAAGUCUAAUGAGGAGUAUGUGUAUGUGCGGGGUCGUGGCCGAGGAAAGUAUGUGUGCGGAGAGUGCGGGAUCCGCUGUAAGAAGCCCAGCAUGCUAAGGAAGCACAUUCGAACACACACAGACGUCCGGCCCUAUGUCUGCAAACACUGCAACUUUGCCUUUAAAACCAAAGGGAACCUUACCAAGCACAUGAAGUCCAAGGCUCAUGGGAAGAAGUGCCAGUCAAUGGGAACGUCUGGGUCUUCACUGGACGAGCCGGAGACCGAGGAAGCAGGAGAUAUUGAAGAGCAUUUAUCUGGCUCCGAGGACCAGGAUGAGCACCAGUUCUCUGACGUGGAUGAUUCAGAGGAGGACGAUGACGAGGAUGAUGAAGAGGAGUACUCAUCUCACAACGAGCCGUCCUCCUCACCCGACCGCCGUUUGUCCACAUGGGGGCACUCCAGCAGCGGAAGACGGUCCCAGCAGGGCACGCCUGACCCCUCAGCCCCAGAACCCCAGCCAGAUCCCUGCCUCAGCCAGGAGCCCUCUCCCACCCAUAGACUGUGGCCCAGCGGGCAUGCUUCCUCUCCAGAAAGCCGGAGGGCACUGUUCUGGGACGCCUCCCCCAGGGCCUUCUCCCCUAGCAGUGAGAGCUGCUCUCCCAUCCGAAGCCUUUCCCCCAGACUGGAGCUGGCCUCCCCCAACCGACACCUCUCGCGCUCUUCCAAGAGAGAACCAUCCCCCAUCAGAGCUCUAUCCCCCCUGUACCCCCUGCGGCCUCUGUCCCCUAGCCAGUAUCGGGUGUUGUGGGCCCGGGCCUCUCCCUCGUCCCUGGGGGUGCAACAUAGACCUCGCAGGUCUCCCAGUCGUUUGCCAUGGGACAUCCCCAGUAUGAUGGCCAGCGAUCGCAGACAGGUGGGUUCAAUGGAGAGGAUAGGAACACCAAGUAAAGGGCAGAUUGGUCCAGAGCCCUGCCUGUCAUUCCCCCCAGCUUUCCGUCUGUCCCCCACUGACAGCCCUAAAGCCCAGUCCCAGUCCAUGGACCGCAUCUUCAGCCACCUGCCUCUGCACUCCCAGCAGGCCAGGGUGCCCUACCUGAUGAUCCCCAUUGGGGGCAUUCAGAUGGUGCAGGCUCGUCCCCGUUCCCACCCCACUACCCCCACCUCGACCUUCCUCUCCCCCAAUGGAGGGGCUUUUACUGGGCCAGACCAGGAGGGAAACCCCCAGGUGCAGGACCCCCAUAACUCAUAACUGCAUUCCCAGUAUAACCCCACCCAUAUGUUCCAAACCCUCCACCUCGCACCAGGGUAGGAUGGACCCAGGGAUGAUAAACACAAUGCAAAAGGACAGCUUACACAGCUCCUCCCACUCAUACAGGUCUGAGGGAGAGACCAGAAAACGAUGGCCCUCACACAGCCAGGCAGGACCAUCCCCCUAGUCAGCCAGUCCCCCCUCCCACACACAGGAUUGGAUAGCUGUCUGAGAGGCAGGAGCCACCAAGGGUUGCGGUCCAGAACGACUGGUUCAGAAUUGGUAGAGGAAGAAGCUAAGGUGGAGACUCAACCAAUCAAGGCCAGAGCACUUUGAUACGUCAUGAAUCCUUUACGCUUUUUGUUGCAACUCUUGUUUUUGGGUUUUGUAUUGCUUUUGUUUUUACACAGUUUUAAAUUCAAUUGUUAAAUUAAAUGUUAGUUCUUCUGCAAUAUUCAGGUUUGUUAUAAAAUGCACUUUUUUAUUUUUGACGAUUUCUUUAAAUCUCUUGAUCUUACCUGUAUCUCUAUUGAUACUGCUAUCUUAAUAUAUAUUUAAAUAUAUAUGUCAAAUAAAUAUGAAUACAUUUGUAAAUGACCAAAAUCGUUAAUGAACAAUAAAUUCACAUUUAUUUGUUUUGUCUCUUUGUCCACUAUUACCCAAACUGUAGUUACUUGUGCCUUUUCUUUCUGUGUUUGUGUCUUGAGAUGACAACAAAGAAAAAAGGCUGUGAAGUUUUGAUUUACACUCUGUGUUUCCAAGAAGGGGGUUCCUGUGUUGCGUGAUGAUUGAUUGUUUGUAUCCUUAAAGGGAUAGUUUGGGGUUAGAGGUAGUUUCGUGAGCCAAUGCUAACUAGCUGUACCCGAAGACUUCCAGUCUUUGCACUAAGCUAGUUAGCAUUGGCUCACAAAACUACAGCACCUCUACCUUCCUUCAUACUGGAUGCAGAGACAUAAUAAUUAAUUGCCAAAACACCAAACUAUCCCUUUAAGGCCAUUGCGUUGAUGUCAGGGUAUUCUAAAAUAUGGUAUAUGAGGUGGUAUAUUGAAGGAACAGUGAGCGCUUUGCAAAGAAAAUGCACUGAAGUCAUAUUUAAAAAAAAUAGAUAGUCAAUGUUAUGUCUCUGUACAGAGAAGAGUGCUCCAUGUUUAUUAUUUUGUAAAACUAUGAAAGUUAUUCUUUAAUUUUUUUUACUUGACAUUUUUGGAGGAAAAAAACAUGCCAUUUUUAUUUAGUCAUGUGUCUGUCUUUUUCAUAAUAUUCUCAAAAGACUUGAGAGGGAGAGGAAGUUCUCUUUUAAGAUUGGAUAUGGAACAAGUGCCCAAAAGAUUUUCACACAGGACAUUUUUUUUCUCUGAACCAAUAAAAAUUGCACCAGACUUCUGUGAGGCUAUUUUACUUGUUUUGUUUUCUUGUUUUUGAAAAAUUGUAUAAUUUUUUUAAUAGGUCAACAAAAAUACUGAUUGAUUAAUACAUAUAGAAUGCUUCUGUUUGAAUUCCACAAAAUAACAACUGGAGUUAAUAUCAACAAAAUCAAAUAAAUUGUUAUUUGUCACUUGCUUCGAAAACAACAGUGAAAUACUUACUUAAGGGCCCUUCCCAACAAUGUAGAGAAAAAUAAUAGAAUCAAAUUAUAACACAAGGAAUAAAUACAUAAUGAGUAAUGAUAACUUGGUUAUAUACACAGGGUACCAGUACUGAUUGUCAAGUCCUGAUCGUAGAGAUCCUUUUAUUCUCUAUGUUUGUUUUGUCAGGGUGUGACUCAAGUGAGAAAGUCUAUGCUUUCUGGUUCUUUGUUUUUGGCAGUGUAUGAUUCUCAAUCAGGGACAGCUGUCUAUCGUUGUCUCUGAUUGUGAAUCAUACUUAGACAGCCUUUUUUCCUUUUCUCAUUUGUGGGUUGUUGUCUUUGUUAGUGGCAUGUAUAGCCUUACAGAGCUUCACGUUUGUUUUGUUGUUUAUUGUUUUUGUUGGCGACAUUUAAAAUAAAAGAAUGUACGCUUACGACGCUG